UGCCAGUGAUCAUCUGUAAAAAGUAAACGCCUCCAGCUUAAACUUUGACAUUUUCAGAAUUAGUUGUCAAUAAAAAUAUCAAAACAUUUAUCUCACGUCAUAAAUAUUUAUAAAAAAUUAAUUUUCGCUACACGAAAAAUAAAAAUGGAGUCCGCGGUAACAGACCUCGAGCAGAGCAUCAAUCAAGCUAAUGGUAAAAUAGCAUCAAUUACAUGGAAAAUUGAGACUUUUGAAAAUGAAUUUCCUCUGGCCGACAACCAGGAAUCGGUGCUAAAAUUAAUAAAAUCGGUUGCGGAGGUAACUGAAGAAUAUCAAUCUCUGCGUAAAGAAAUUUUAGAAGUACAACAAAUUCAAAAGCAACUUACAGACUCACUGAAAUCAAAAGUAUCCCAAGUACAAAAACAAUAUUUUGUGUUACGCGACAAAAUAAUUGGAUCUGAAUUAUCUACAGCCCAAGACGAAUCAAACAAAUUGAAGUAAUUUCAAGACUACGAAUAUCACACCUGGAAUCUAUGUGCCAAAAUAUAUGUAUAAAUCAAA